CGUGUUUGUGGGAGGGUUGGUUAAUCUGUCUGGGUGUCGGUUUUGUCGGGAAUAAAGCCACCGAAGAGAUUUUUUCCAAAACCCUAUCAACUGCCCGGCGCCAGACAAACUCAUAAUUCACACCUUUUCCUUGAAAUUACACCUACAGACAUGCCUGGAAUUGACAAAUUGCCGAUAGAGGAAACGCUGGAGGACAGUCCUCAGACACGCUCUUUGCUUAGUGUGUUUGAGGAGGACACAGCUACAAUAUCUAGCUACUACAAUCAGCUCUUCCAGGCCAUGCAGAGAAUAUAUGAUGCACAGAAUGAACUGAGUGCUGCUACACAUCUAACUUCCAAGCUACUGAAGGAAUAUGAGAAACAGCGUUUCCCUCUGGGUGGCGAUGAUGAAGUCAUGAGCUCAACUUUGCAGCAGUUUGCCAAAGUCAUCGAUGAGCUCAGCUCCUGUCAUGCAGUCCUGUCUACUCAGCUAGCAGAUGCCAUGAUGUUUCCCAUCACUCAGUUCAAAGAGAGGGACUUGAAAGAAAUUCUCACCCUGAAGGAGGUGUUCCAGAUAUCCAGUGAUGAUCACGACAUGGCCAUCAACAGAUACAGUCGGCUGUCUAAAAAGAAAGAAAACGAGAAGGUAAAGAGUGAGGUGAUGGAAGAUGUCUACACUUCCAGGAAGAAGCAGCACCAGACCAUGAUGCACUAUUUCUCAGCACUUAAUACACUGCAAUACAAGAAGAAGAUUGCCCUGUUGGAGCCACUGCUGGGGUACAUGCAGGCACAGAUCAGUUUCUUCAAGCUUGGAUCAGAGAACUUAACACAACAAUGGGAAGACUUUCUCACUAACAUUGGGACCAGUGUACAGAAUGUCCGCAGGGAGAUGGACAGUGAAGUGGACGUAAUGCAGCAGACCAUACAGGAUCUAGAGCAAGCCAGUGACCUGUUAUAUAUGCCAGACCCUGACCCCAAUAAGAUCCCCAUCAACCGAAACCUGACCCGCAAGGCUGGUUACCUCAACACCCGCAAUAAAACAGGGUUGGUGUCAUCCACCUGGGACCGGCAAUAUUUCUUCACCCAGGGAGGGAACCUCAUGAGCCAAUCCCGAGGAGAUGUUGCAGGAGGGCUGGUCAUGGACAUAGACAACUGUUCCGUCAUGGCAGUGGACUGUGAGGACCGGCGCUUCUGCUUCCAGAUCUCUGCCUUUGAUGGCAAAAAGAUUGCUAUUUUGCAAGCAGAAAGCAGGAAGGACUGUGAAGAGUGGAUUGCAACAAUAAAUAACAUCUCAAAAAGGAUAUACCUUAGUGAGAACCCUGAGGAAACUGCUGCCAGAGUCAACCAGUCUGCUCUGGAGGCUGUGACGCCUUCCCCUUCAUUCCAGCAGCGGCAUGAGAGUUUUAGACCCAGCACACAAGGGCGACCCAGAGCUGGCCGGACCAGCAGCCAGAGCUCAGCAGGUUCUGAGUCUCCAGCUCUCUCCUCCCUCUCUCUGGACUCUCUGGUGGCUCCAGACACCCCCAUCCAGUUUGAUAUAAUCUCACCAGUCAGUGAGGAAUAUGCAACCCAGGCAAAAAGUGCCAGCCAGGGCAGAAGGACCAACCCAUUUGGGGAGUCUGGAGAGUCGCAUUCUGGUGAUAGUGAAGAGUCCAUCUUGCAUCAGCUCUUCAUUGUGCGCUUCCUGGGAUCCAUGGAAGUGAAGGCCACAGAGAACACAGAUGUAAUCUACGAGACUAUGAGACAGAUCCUGGCCGCCCGAGCCAUCCACAAUAUCUUCAGGAUGACUGAGUCCCACCUGCUUGUUACCUGCGAAUGUCUGAAGCUCAUUGACCCUCAAACGCAAGUCACAAGAUUAAGGUUCCCUCUCUCCAGCGUGGUACUGUGUGCAACUCAUCAGGAGAACAAGCGGCUGUUUGGCUUCGUGCUGCAGACAGCCGGAGGCCGGGUAGAUGGGCGCCCAGUCACUGUCUGCUAUAUCUUCGAGUCCAAUAACGAUGGGGAGAAGAUCUGUGAUAGUGUAGGACUGGCAAAACAGAUAGCCCUCCACUCAGAAAUGGAUCGCAAAGCCACACAGAAGCAGAGGGAGCUGGACAAGGCCAAGGAGAAGCAACAAGAGGAGCUGAAUAAACAGAAACAGAUCGAAAAGGAUCUUGAGGAACAAAGCCGUCUGAUAGCUGCCUCCAGCCGGCCAAACCCUCCAGCUGCUGACGGACAGUUCCUAGUCCUUAGCAACAGCCAAUCAGAGGACAGCGAUGCUGGGGAGGAAGGGCGUAAGAGGGGCGAAUCGGAGGCUUGAUGGAAAGGAGCAGGAAAAUAAAGUUGAUCUCUAUGUGAGUUCAGCUUUUCACACAAAAAACUUACAAGUCUUAGCAGCAUUUCCUUUCCUGAUUCACUGAAGGAAAUGAGAUGUGCAAAAUGACUGCAAAAAUAUUAAAGAAGACACAUAAAUACAGGAAAAGGAGUCAAAAUCGUUUUACAUGCAGACAGAUUGGGAGAGUCUCCCGGGAGCUUGUGUUUAAUUUGUAAGAAUCAUGUAUUUUGUACUGUUUACGUUACUGAAUUAUAUCUAAAACACACUUUGAGUUGUUCUGUUCACGUGUGUGUGUGUGUGUG